UGCAUAAAUCCGGACCGGGGUUCCUAUUGGCUGAAUUCGAGGAGGGUGACGUCAUUAGGACGUACUAAGACUAGGGUUGGCCUUGGAGUCGGAGCCAUUACUGCAGGAAAAGGUCCCGCAGAGCUGAGCAGUCAAGAUGUGUGACUUCACGGAGGAUCAGACCGCAGAAUUCAAGGAGGCCUUCCAGCUGUUUGACCGAACAGGUGAUGGCAAGAUCCUGUACAGCCAGUGUGGGGAUGUGAUGAGGGCUCUGGGCCAGAACCCCACCAACGCCGAGGUUCUCAAGGUCCUGGGGAACCCCAAGAGUGAUGAGAUGAAUGUAAAGGUGCUGGACUUUGAGCACUUCUUGCCCAUGCUGCAGACUGUAGCCAAGAACAAGGACCAGGGAACCUAUGAAGAUUAUGUUGAAGGUCUUCGGGUGUUUGACAAGGAAGGGAAUGGUACUGUCAUGGGCGCUGAAAUCCGUCAUGUCCUUGUCACAUUGGGUGAGAAGAUGACAGAGGAAGAAGUGGAGAUGCUGGUGGCGGGGCAUGAGGACAGCAAUGGUUGUAUCAACUAUGAAGCGUUUGUGAGGCAUAUCCUGUCGGGGUGACGGGCCCGUGGGGCGGAGCUUGUCCGGAUGGUGCUGAAUGGCUGAGGACAUUGCUGGUAUUCCCUGAGCCUGUGCCUUGCCCUGUAUGAGAUUUGUAUGGUGACCCUGGAGGCUUCCUAGGCUCCCCUGUCAAAACACCUUUCCCACCUGGUCUUUCAUGGAUGAUGUUUGCCAUAAGCAUUCACCAAAUAAACCUGUUUUUUGGCCUACA